CAUUCUCACCCUCCUGACACCCACUGCCCUCAUGGGCCCCAUGGACCCAGGCUGGGAUCAUAGCCCCGACUCCUACUCCUGUGGGACCACAGAUUGCUAUGGGACACUGAGGCCCAGGCCACCCAUGAAGAUUUACAGGCUGGACAACACCAUGGCAAACAAACAUCCCUAAUGAGGUCUUGGAACUGGCUGGGACACCAACCAGGAAGGGGAAGGGCAUCAUGGAGCCUCUGGUGGGACAACACACAACACGGAGGAAUAUAAAAGUCCCGGCAGCUCAGAGAACCUCACUCACUCACUCACUCACUCACUCCUCCUCCCACAACCUCCCCCCACCACCAUGGCUGCUUCCACCACGUCUGUCUGCUCUAGCGGCCUGAGCUAUGGCAGUGGCGUCUGCCUGCCUGGUUCCUGUGAGUCUUGCACUGGCCCCUCCUGGGAGGUGGAUGACUACCCCGAGAGCUGCUGUGAGCCCCCCUGCUGCACCUCCACCUGCUGCCAGUCCACAUGCUGUGCCCCCACCUGCUGUGCCCCAGCCACCUGCCUGACCCUCGUCUGCACUCCUGUGGGCUCUGUGUCCAGCCCCUGCAGCCAGGCAGCCUGUGGGUCCAGUCCCUGCCAAUCAGUCUGCACUAGCUCCUGUGAAUCCUCCUGCUGCCAACAGUCUAGCUGCCAGCCUGCAUGCUGCAUACCCUCCCCCUGCCAGCAGGCCUGCUGCAUGUCUGUCUGCAGAAAGCCCAUCUGCUGUGUGCCUGUCUGCUGCAAGCCUGUCUGCUCCAAGCCAGGCUGCUAUGCGACCUCCCCCUGCCCGAUUCCCUCCUGCUGCCAGCAGUCUAGCUGCCAGCCUGCAUGCUGCACACCCUCCCCCUGCCAGCAGGCCUGCUGCGUGCCUGCCUGCUGCAAGCCCGUCUGCUGUGUGCCCGUGUGCUGUGAGGCCAUCCCCUGCCCAGCCUCCGCAUACUGCCAGCCCUCUCCCUGCGCCUCCUCCUGCUGCAGACCCUCCUCCAGUGUGUCCCUCAUCUGCCACCGCUUGUGGAAGCCAGCCUGCCAUGUGCCUACCUCCUCCUAUUGUGCCCCCACCUCCUCCUGUGUGUCCCUGCUCUGCCACCCUGAGUGCCCCCGCCCAGCCUGCUGUGGACCCUCAUCUGGCCAGAAGUUCUCCUGCUAACCAGACACUCUCCCCAGGGCCAGCUGGACUCCAGGCCCCACUGUGGCUAUGCUCCUCACAUCCACUCAGUCCUCAUCCUGAUCUUGCUAGACAGCUGCC